AUGCCGGUGGCAACAGUGGGCCUGUCUGCUGCAACCAAAGAAGAGAAGGAAGAGAGUGCUAUGAAUAGGCUUUCUCUUCAGACCCCUCCUUCCUUGAGAGAGGGAUGUGCUUCAAGGGGAUCCAGAAGCAGUUCCAACAGGGCUGUUUCUUCUUCUCCUCCUACAAUUCACACCAGUUUGAGGACAUCAAAUCUUCAACAGACCGCUAGGAAACAGAGGAGAUGCUGGUCCCCUGAGUUGCACAGACGAUUUGUUAAUGCUUUGCAGAAGCUAGGAGGUUCUCAAGCGGCAACACCCAAGCAAAUUAGAGAGCUCAUGCAGGUUGAUGGUCUGACUAACGAUGAAGUGAAAAGCCACCUACAAAAAUACCGGCUUCAUACACGGAGAGUUCCAGCUGCAAGUGGUAAUCAGCCAGUUGUGGUUCUUGGAGGUUUGUGGAUGUCUCCAGAUCAGUACAAUGACUCCUCGAAAGUUAGCAGUUCAGGGUCAGAUUCUCCUCAAAGUCCCCUUCAUUUGACAGCAGGGUCACGAGGAGGAACAUCCCCAACCGAAGGUGAGAGCAUGGAAGAUGAUGAAGAUGCAAGAUCCGAGAGUUUUAGUUGGAAAAGUCAUCUGCACAAACCUGGAAAUGUUGAUGUAUAG